UGUUUGGUUCGCGUUGGAAUGGCUUGUACGUCGUACCAAUCGCUAAAACCGAGCUUACCCACCCAGUCCAGUAACACAGUGUGCCGUGCUCGAUGAAAAGAAUUCUCCUCCCGCUUCGAAGUGUUGAACCAUUUCCAGUGGAGUGAUGUGUUGCAAGGGUGCACUUUCUUGUUUGUACUUGAGGAAAUAAAAUCUUUUCGCAGUUCCACUCCCACUUCGAUCCCACGGCUACGACUGCACUGAAGAAGCUGCUUAUCCGAUGAAUGGAAUAAACACCGGAAAGCCGCCAAGUGCCGCCUCUCCUCCGGACUACUCACGACAGCAGUUCCAGCGAUGCUUCCGACCACUUCACAUCCUAUCAAGCACGUUCGCUUUGUGGCCGUUCGGUGGCUGGUCCUCCCGUUUUAACCGUUGCAGCAUACUGUACGUGCUGGCAGUCGUGACAGCGUACAGUGCGUUUCAUCUUUACAUUAACUACACGGACGCAUACAGCGUUGGAACGGGCGAGGAUGGUGGCAAACCCGGGCCCGAUUCAACGCCAACGGUCGACAGGCAGCAACAGGUCGAGGCGAACUUUGUAUCGAUAGUCAUCGAUGUCUACAACCGGUACUCGGGCUUGAUACUGUUUUGGUUACUGCAUGCGGUCGCCCUCGCCAACCACCGUUCGCUGACGGCCAUUGUGUUGGGCGUGCUGCUGCUUGACGAACAAAUUGCCGACCGACUGUCGGUGGUACCGAACCACGGCCAGUGGUGCAGAUUUAUCUGCCUGCACAUGACAUUCGUAUUUCUCUGCAUCGGGUUUGCCGAAUGGUACAACUGCAUCAUGUACAUGAGCGACUUCAUCCCUGCGUCCGAGUACUGCAUCUUCGAGUGCUUCAUCACGAUGCUCACCAGCUCGACGGUGGAGCUGCAGUACGUGGCUUUUGUGCAGUUGAUUAAAAACCGUCUCCAGCUGAUCAACGAUCUGCUCGUCGAGCUGACCGCUUACGGCACCAACGAAGAGCAGGCCCAUUACGAGCGCUUUCGACGUGACGCGAAGCCUCCGGAUAGGAGCGAACCCAUCUCCACCACGCUGGAGCUGUUGAGUGAAAUCAGUUCAGCCACCGACAAGCCGCAUCAUCAAUCGCGAACCGGCCCAAUCGAACGCGCGGCCAAUGCAAACUCGACCGCGCCGCCUGAACCAUCCAUCCCUCGGGGUGGUGGGCGAUGGCAUAAAAUCAAGCGGCAGCAGCAUAAAAUAAUUACGGUCAACCAGGCUGCUCCAUCGGUGGUGAUGCCGUCCCGAACGCAAAAAACACCACUACCGGACCAAUUUCCGCUGCUCGUUGCCAACCUGCUCCGAGCGGCGGACCACUUGCAGCCAACAGCGUGCGAGCGCCACAUCAGAGCGAAAAUAAUUAAUGACAUAAAAAAUUUAUACACACAUUUGCAUUUAUUAUCGCUGAAUAUUAAUAAAGCGUACGGGGCGCAGUUGAUUUUCAUCCUGAUGACGCUGUUCGUAACGCUCACGACGCUGCUCUACUACUGCACGAUGAAACUUUUUCGGCAAGUAUUGUAG